UCCGUGCUCUUCGCAAAACACGGAACAACUGCGUGACGGACGUCGUAAAACAAUGGUCAUAUCCUGGUGAUGGUGGAGGAAGAUGUCCGUGCGCGUCGAGUUAUUUGCGUCGAGGAACGAUGAAUAAAAGGAAGGGCUUUUCUAACACAGCUGCCAAAAUAUUGACUCAUCCUCGGAUACCACCAUUCUACAAGAGCAACAUUUAACCUUUGGUGAUGGAGAGCUUAAGUGAACUGCAGAAUCCACUACUGGACAAAACCAAUCGUCAAGUGGUGCAAAAUGACUACCAGGGCUACCAGUGUGACUAUACUGGUCCGCCCUAUCAGGACAGCCUCAUCGGAUACUACUACACUGGAACUAGCGGCAAACACAAGGCUCAGCAGUACCUUGAUGCCACCUCUCUUCACGUCGCUGUGGAGGCCUUUUACAAACCGGGCUUCAUUCUGUACAAGGAUGAUGUCAGCCUACAUAGUAAAGAUUCCAAGAGUGAAAGCUUUGAGACCACGUUUACAGAGAGUAAGGACACAGAUCCUGUCAACACUGAGAUCAUCCUGGACAACACACAGGGGGAGAAGGACGUGAAGAUCCAGACAGUGUCCUAUGAUGUGGAGGAGGAGCAUGUCCCUGAGUAUGAGAGUGACAGCUCCAGUGAUAGCGAGAGUGAGGAUAACUUCAUUGUGCUGCCCCCGCGGGACUACCUGGGUCUCGCCAUCUUCUCCAUGCUCUGCUGCUUCUGGCCCUUGGGCAUUGUUGCCUUUUACUACUCUCACAAGACCGGCAAGGCCAUUUCAAAGGGAGACUUCUCAAGAGCAGGAAUGAGCUCUCGGAGAGCACUAUUCCUGGCUGCGCUCUCCAUCACAGUGGGAACAGGGAUGUAUGUGGGCGUGGUAGUGGCACUCAUCGCCUACCUGUCCAAAUCUGGGCAUGUAUAG